AUGUGGUGGUGGCGGUCAGCCCACUCCUCCGCCAGUUGCUUUGACUUGGUUCAUCCUCGGACAGGGGUGUCAGAAUGCCCUCAGAGAGCUUCACUAUGUAGAAAUGCAGCAUACUUGCAACUAAUGCAGCAACAGUGUCCAAAAACAUGUGGAUAUUGUCCAACCCUACAGCGAAGAUGUUUUCUUUUAGUUUCGAACUGCUUUGACUUGGUUCAUCCUCGGACAGGGGUGUCAGAAUGUCCUCAAAGAGCUUCACUAUGUAAACAUGCAGCAUACUUGCAACUAAUGCGGCAACAGUGUCCAAAAACAUGCGGAUAUUUGUCAGAAUGCCCUCAGAGAGCUUCACUAUGUAGAAAUGCAGCAUACUUGCAACUAAUGCGGCAACAGUGUCCAAAAACAUGCGGAUAUUGUGUUUGA